UCAUGACCCCAUCUCCCUGGGGGGGGAGAGCAGAGAUGAAUCCUGUUUAAAGGCGGCAACACUUCCUAGUUGCAUGACCGACCAGGCGUGAAGCACACUGGAACGGCUGCUGUUUAAUUGGACGAGCCCCGUGGGACGGCAGCCGUGUUAUUGGCUCUUUAGGAACAGGUGGCGUCUUCUGCUCCCCGUUUGCCAGUUGAACCUGGGCUCCGCCGUUGCUUGAGGUCCUCUUCACCCGACCAACCUCAGCUGUGAGCUGUCGUACCUCCGCUCCUUCGGACAGAGCCGACCUUCACACCCACCGGGUCGGACUGCUCCCUCCCGGGAUUGUGAUGCUGUUUUCUCCUUAAGAGUCGGCUAUUUGAUUACCAUUGUUAUUUUGUUGAAACAGUGAUGGAAAACCUCACGCCGGAGCAAUGGCGGGAGAUCGUGAACAAGAAGAUGAAGUUCCCGCCGGCGCUCAUCACGGCCAUCCAGGAGGGGAAGGUGGAGACGGUGAGCGGCCUGCUGAACACCGGCGACGGCAUCAUCCGGCAGCUGGACGAGUCGGAGGACCGUCUGUGGCGCGAGGCCCUCAACCUGUCCAUCCGCCUGGGCAACGAGGGCGUGAUGGACGCCCUCAUCCACGGGGUCAAGUUCGACUUCCGGCAGAUCCACGAGGCGCUGCUGGUCGCCGUGGACACCAACCAGCCCCGCGUGGUCAAGCGGCUGCUGGACCGCCUGGACCAGGAGAAGGGCAACAAGAUGGACGUGCACUCCUUCUCCCAGGCCAUCUUCGACCACUCCAUCGACAACUCGCAGUUCGCCCCGGGCGUGACGCCGCUGACCCUGGCCUGCCAGAAAGACCUGUACGAGAUCGUCAGCAUGCUGACGCAGAAGGGCCACGAGAUCCCCUGGCCGCACAAGAUCUCCUGCGCCUGUCUGGAGUGCCGCAACGGCCGGCAGUACGACCUGCUCAAGUUCUCCCUGUCGCGCAUCAACACGUACCGCGGCAUCGCCAGCCGCGCCUACCUGUCCGUCACCUCGGAGGACGCCAUGCUCACCGCCUUCGGCCUCAGCAAGGAGCUCCGCAAGCUGUCCAAGAAGGAGCCCGAGUUCAAGCCGCAGUACCUGGCGCUGGAGGAGCUGUGUCAGGAGUUUGCGGUGGAGCUGCUGGGAAUGUGUCGCAACCAGAGCGAGGUCACCACCAUCCUCAACAGCGCCGGGGAGGACCGCUCGGACCCCCAGGACGAGCAGGCCUUCGAGGAGGGGAUCCCCAACCUCUCCCGCCUGCGGCUGGCCGUCAACUACAACCAGAAACAGUUUGUGGCCCACCCCAUCUGCCAGCAGGUGCUGUCCUCCAUCUGGUGUGGUAACCUGGCCGGCUGGCGGGGGAGUCGCACCGCCUGGAAGCUGCUGGUCUCCAUCACCAUCUUCGUCACCAUGCCCUUACUCUGCCUCAUCUACUGGAUCGCUCCAAAGUCAAAGUUGGGCAAGACACUGAAGAUCCCGGUCAUCAAGUUCCUGCUGCACUCGGCCUCCUACCUGUGGUUCCUGAUCACGCUGCUGGGGGAGUCCAUCACCAUGGAGCUGUACCGGGACGUGUUCGCUUCCCGCCAGCAGAACAUCCUGCACAGCUCCUUCCACAUGGUGUGGGUCGUAGGGUUCUUCUGGUACGAGUGCAAAGAGGUGUGGAUCGAGGGGCUGCGCAGCUACUUCCUGGACUGGUGGAACGUUCUGGACGUGAUGGUGCUCAGCAUGUACCUGGCCUCCUUCGCCCUCAGGGUGCUCAUCAUGCUCAAGGGACACUUCCACUGCAUGGACCUCAGCGGCAGCGCCGACUGCGUGUACUUCACCCAGACCGUGCGGGACCAGUGGCACCAGGAGGACCCCCAGCUAAUCGCGGAGGUCCUGUUUGCGGUGACCAGCAUGCUGAGCUUCACGCGGCUGGCCUACAUCCUCCCGGCCCAGGAGUCCCUGGGGACGCUGCAGAUCUCCAUCGGCAAGAUGAUCGACGACAUGAUGAGGUUCAUGUUCAUUCUGAUGAUCAUCGGGACAGCGUUCCUCUGCGGUCUGAACAAUAUCUACGUUCCUUACGUCAUCUCACCGCGCCUCGGCAAGUUUAACGAGACCUUUCGCUUCCUGUUCUGGACCAUGUUCGGGGUGGCCAACCAGGACUAUGUGGACAUGCCGGACUAUGUGGUGGCCGAGCUGGUGGGCAGGGUUCUCUACGGCAUCUUCACCCUCGUCAUCGUCAUCGUCCUCCUGAACAUGCUUAUCGCUAUGAUCACCAACUCCUUCCAGAAGAUAGAGGACGAUGCAGACGUGGAGUGGAAGUUUGCCCGGUCCAAGCUGUACCUCAGCUACUUCAGGGAGGGGCUCACCAUGCCCGUGCCCUUUAACAUCAUCCCCUCCCCGAAGGCCACCUUCUACCUCAUCAGGGCCAUCUUCAGGCGGAUCUGCUGCUGUUGUAACUUAAGCUCUGAGAAAGAAUAUCCCCCUUUAGACCCGAUGUAUCCCCCUAUGCAGUCCAACGAGAAGGGCUCUGAGGACAGUCAGAUCUCCUACCGACAGCAGGUGAUCCGGGCUCUGGUGCAGCGCUACAUCGAGUCGGCCCGCAGGGAGUUUGAGGAGACCAAGAGGAAAGACGUCGGGAACCGCAUCUCGGCGCUGAGCAAAGUGAUGGGCCGGCUGCACAGCGAGAUGAAAGUGGUGCAGCAGCUGCUGGCGAAGGAGGGGUUCAGCGGCAAGGAGGGCGCCCCCCAGGAGGGCUCCUCCAUCCUGGGGAAAUACAUCCUGGGGGCCAAGAACAACUUUAAAGGCUUCAACAAGGACCAGACGGAGAGAGCCCUCCCUGUGACGGUGCACCACGGGCUGGAGGAGGAGGCCGCGCACCUGGGGCAGGGGGGGGAGGCGGCGCCGCGGACCCCCGCGCCAGAGGAGAGCGCCGAGAGGGGGGCAGGGGGCGGACUGGAGGGGGGGCUCGAGAGGGCGGUGGCGGCGGUGGCGGCCUGUGUCGUCAUUAACAUGGAGGAAGGUCGCGCUCCGGGCCCGACGGAGGACGAGAGAGGGGAGACGGCCGACGGGACGGAGCCGGCGGCCGACGCCGAGAACACGGCCAGCACAACCACCGGGGAGGUGACCCCGGAGGACACGAGUGGACCGUCAGCGGGUCAGAAGGCCGCAGGCGAGGCUGCGGCUGUGGCAGUGGGGGGGGGGGAGGCCCAGGAGGAAAGAUGGAGCGAGGUCUUGAAAAAGGAGGAUGGGAAGACGGAGAGAAAGAGUGAACGAGGUACGGACCAGAACGGCAGUACGGUGGGAGAAAAGCCCAGCGAGGAGAAGGUGGACGCGUCGGAGGCUAAGGUGACCGGCGCAAGGACCGAUGCGGAAGGGAAGGGGGAGCAGGCGCAGCCCAAGGGGGGGGAGGAGACGAAACAGAAGGCGGACGGAGCCAAGAAGACAGUCGUGUGGGAGGACUCUGGGAAACCCGGGAAGGUGAAGGUGGUCCCCUCUCCGACAGGAAGCAGCAGCUCUCAGGACACUGGCUUCGGUUCACAGGAGGGAGACAGGCCUAUGGACGGCGUGGCAGGACGACGCUAGCGUGAUGCGCCUCUUGAGCGUGACACGUCCCAUGAUGGCCUUAGUGGAGGGCGGCGACGGCAUUAGUGUCUGAUAUAACGAAACAAUAAGUGCUUUUAACUACGAUAGAACAUUCCAAA